AUGUCUUGCUGGACCCUGGUACAGCCAGAUACGCUCGUUGAUGUUCCUUCUACGGAGCAGCUUAAGACUGCUCUGGAAUCAAAAAAUGAUGUUGUUAAGAUUUCCGCUAUGAAAACCAUUUUGAGGAUAAUCAUCAAUGGCGACCCUCUUUCCUCCAUUCUCAUGCAUGUUAUCCGCUAUGUAAUGCCUUCUAAAAACAAAGAACUGAAGAAGUUACUGUUUUACUAUUGGGAGGUUUGCCCUAAAUACAAUUCCGAUGGCACGAUGAAACAAGAGAUGAUUUUGGCCUGUAAUUCUCUUCGUAAUGAAUUGCAGCAUCCAAAUGAAUAUAUCCGCGGUGCAACGUUGCGAUUCCUUUGCAAAUUAAAAGAACCAGAGUUGUUAGAACCUCUAAUCCCUACUGUUCGCCAAUGUCUUGAGCAUCGUCAUGCCUACGUUCGGAAGAAUGCUAUUCUUGCUGUACUUCGUAUUUAUCAGUUGUCUUCUCAACUAUUGCCAGAUGCGCCCUCUUUGGCUGAAGACUUUAUUACAAUUGAGCAAGAUGCCACCUGUAAGAGAAACGCUUUUAUGGUAUUAUGUACCAUCGCUCCAGAGACUGCAUCUCUUUAUUUGCUUGAGAAUAAGGAUGCUAUGCUGACUCUUCCUGCUCCAUUCCAAUUAGUCGCGAUUGAAUUCAUCCGUAAGACGGCAAUUAAUGAUCUCGAAAAUAAAUCAGUCUUCUUCUCAAUGCUCAUGGAUCUCUUACAAGCUUCAUCCAAUUCUGUCGUUUACGAGGCAGCAACGUCGUUGAUGAAUAUGACUUUCAACACCCAAGUGAUUAAGAUUGCUGCUUCAAAGCUUCUUGAUUUGGCCAUUAAAGAAUCCGACAAUAACGCUAAAAUCAUCAUGCUGGAACGUAUUGCAGAACUAGUUCAACGCGACAAGUCUGCUCUUGAGGAUCUGGUACCUGAAUUGCUGCGCUUGUUGUCUACGGAUGAUGAAGAUGUUUGCAAGAAAACUCUCGACAUUAUCAUGGGACUUCUCUCCACUCGUAAUGUCCAGGAGGUGUUGACUCAUUUGCAGAAGGAACUUGUAAAAUCGGCAAUGAACAGUGAGAGAGGCGAGGCUCAUAGACGGGCAUUCACUGAUGCAAUUCAUUCUUGUGCCAUUCUCUUUCCUCCAAUGGCCUCCAGCGCCAUACAAUCUUUGCUUAACAACGUUUCCGAAUUCAAAAAUGAAUCUGUUGCUAGUGUUGUGAGCUUCGUCAAAGAGGUCAUGGAGAAAUUCCCUGAUCUGCGUUCACCUAUCAUUAGAAAACUGUUACUCUGUCUUCGUGAGGAUGGAAACGAAAAGAUUUAUCGUGGUGUCCUUUGGAUGAUUGGUGAAUAUUGUUUAACACUCUCCGAUAUUGGUGUUGCUUGGAAGGCUCUUCGUGCCAGUCUUGGUAAUAUGCCGGUUAUGGAAUCUGUACUUAAGGAAGGAAAGAAUUCGGUAGAAAUGUCUACUGAUGAACAACACAAGUCAUCCUCGUCGCGUAAGAUUUUACCUGACGGUACCUAUGCCACCGAAAGUGCUAUUACAGCUAGUGCCACUUCUGCUUCUUCUACUUCUGACUGUUUGGUAAGAACAGCAAUCGUAAAGGGUGAUCAUUACUUGGCCUCUAUUUUAGCUUGCGCUCUCACAAAACUUGUCAUGCGUAGUAGCACAUUAACUGAUGACAGCGCACGCAUCAAUUCAAUGAAGGCUGAAGCCAUGCUUAUCAUUGCAUCGUUCAUUCGUUUCUUGCAAUCCGAUUAUGUGCAGUACAGAAUUGAUGACGAUACGUUGGAUCGCAUGAUGGUUUGCAUUCGCAGUCUUCAUGUCUUCCCUGAGGUUGAGUCUUUGAAGGAGGUUUAUUUGCAAGAUUCAAGACUCGCUUUCUCCAAAGCUAUGGCAGAGUAUGAACAACGCCAGAAAGACGAAAAUGCCGAAGCGUUUACACAACAAAUUGUCCAAGCCGAUGACUUGCUUCAAAUUCGUCAAAUUACUAAACAAUCGAAAGAGGGCGAAAUUCAUGAGUUUGAGUCUGAUAUUUCUAAGGCUGCUGGAGACGAUAUUAUUGUGGACGCCGAUUCUUCUAAGCUUGAUCGCGUCGUGCCUCUGACUGGUUUUACUGAUCCCGUUUAUGUGGAAGCUUAUGUUAAGAUUCAACAAUUUGACAUUAUCCUUGACAUUUUAUUGGUUAAUCGUACGAGCAAUACUCUUCAGAACCUCUCCCUCGAACUGGCUACCUUGGGAAACAUUAAGUUGGUUGAGAGACCUCCUGUAAUGAACUUGGGACCCAACGCCUUUAAGUCAGUACAAGCUACCGUCAAGGUAUCGUCUAUUGAUACCGGUGUCAUUUUUGGUAGCGUCGUGUUUGAUGGUAAGACUGCACUUGAAAGUCGUGUUGUCAUUCUGAAUGGCAUUUCCAUUAACAUUAUGGACUACAUUAAACCCGUUUACAUUCCCGAGUCCGAAUUCCGAAGCAUGUGGACUGAAGUUGAGUGGGAGAACAAGGUGGACAUUGUCCGCAAUGAAGACAUCACGGUUCAUGAGUUUUUGCAUGAUUUGAUGAAGAAAACGAACAUGAAAUGUCUGACGCCCGAAUCUUCGUUACGUGGAGAUUGCCAGUUUUUGAGUGCCAAUUUGUACGCUCGCAGUAUAUUUGGUGAAGAUGCAUUGAUGAGCUUGAGCAUUGAAAAAACUACCGACGGCAAGAUCCUGGGACAUGUACGUAUUCGUUCCAAGACACAAGGUGUUGCCUUAAGCUUGGGUUCAGUGGUUGCUGCCUAG